UGAGAUAUCCUCUUUACUCAACCGCCCGUUAUUUUUCUCCCCUUUCCACAUCUAUCCAUUUCUUCAUUUCAUUUCAUCUCUCCCUCGCCGCUUCCGCUCUCUCUCUCUCUCUCUCUCUCAAGGAAAUCAAAUAUGGCGGAUCAUCAAAGAGACGGAGAAGAAAACUCCUUCCCCUUCCGUCAAAACCAGGAAGCAACGGCAGGAAGUGGGAACAGAUAUGGAGGACUUGCCCCAAAGAAGAAGCCAUUGAUUUCAAAGGACCAUGAACGAGCCUUCUUUGACUCUGCUGAUUGGGCAUUAUGCAAGCAAGGAGCAGGGCUCUGUAACAGUGUGGCCGUAGAAAAGCUCCAGCCUAAACUUCAGAGGACUCCAAAGCCACGGGUUCCACCAAGGAGGCCGGUAUGCACAUAUGAGAAGGGCAAUACUGUAGAAUAGAU